AAAAGAUGAAGCAUCAAAACUCAAAAGCAACCCUAGUGGUCCCACAACCAGAAGCUUUAAAUUCCCGUCCCGUUCUUGCUCUCGGACACAACCCCUUCUUCAGUUCUUCCCUCCAAGCCUCAACGAAUUCUAUCGUCAAAUCCACUAUAAACCGCCUUUUCCUCCGUUUCACCCGCCUCCGCCGCCGUCUACUAGAGGGAGAAAAAUGGAUCAAGUGGCCAAUGGCCUCCAAUCUGAUGAGUUUUACGGCGAAAUAGAAUCCCCUGAUCAACAGUGCUGUCAAAGUAAUACGGUCUUAAAACGUAGGUCAAGUUUGUUCGCCCCCACAAUUAGUUCUUCUAAAAAAGUAAACACUGUGAAGAUAGGACAGUCUCAAACUCAAUAUAAUAAGCCUCCAUUGCCAGGAAAAACUUGUGAACUGCAUAUGAAUAAUAGCAGAGAGAAAAUUGAUCCAACUAUCAAAGUCUCAACACGUGCUACUAAAAGAAAUGGUAAGAUUUCGAUCCCUAAAGAGGAGGGUAUGGUCAAGGCCCAAUCCUCUCAGCCCACCAAAGAUUCUUUGACUGAGUCCCAAAGAAGUAGAGCCAAGAAAACUUUAGACCUCCAGCAGGGACAAGUAAACACCAAUUCUGUUAUUCCAACCAAAGCAUCAACCAAAUGUAAGAAAGGAAAUGCCAUGGCUGGAACUUCAACAUCUCUCCAGAGUUCAAUGGAAAAAGGGAAAACACACAUGUCAGGUAGUCAGUCUAGAACGUCCACACGCAGUAAGAAGUCUUUCUCACCGAAAAAGAGCUUAUCGAAUAAAGACCACAUCUACCAUAUCAAAUAUGAUGGGUUCUCUAAAGAACUAAAAAAGGUUGGAGUUACAUGUGUUCUAUGUGAGGAAGAUCUGUCCUGCAUCUCAUCCGAUUAUGAAUAUCAAUAUUACGAGGAUCAGGAAGAGUCUGGACCUAUGAGUUACCCAGAAGUUGCUGUUUUGCAAUGCGGUCAUUCUUUCCACUUUAGAUGUUUUGCUUAUUCUAUACCUGAUGAACUGUGUUUUGAUCCUCCUUGCGUGUUAUGUGCCAGCUACGAGACUUGAAACCC